AUGUAUACAUUUAGCAAUUUCAUAUGGGCAAUUCGACUGUGGAAAGAAAAGAAGCAAAGAAAGGUGAUAGGUUUGUAUAAGCAAAUCGAUUGUUUUAAUAUCAAUAUGAUAUUCUGGAAAGUUUUAGGGAUAUAUCCUUAUCGUAAAAUAAAAUUUAUUUACAAUUUGUAUUGUAAAAUAUUUUUAUUAUUAUUUAUUAUUUUUUACGAUGUAUUACUGACUGUAAACUUUUAUUUCUUGCCGUCCCAAUUGGAUGCUUUUAUUGAAGAGAUGAUAUUUUAUUUUACCGAAAUUUCAGUUACAUCGAAAGUGUUAACAUUUCUGAUUUUACGCAAGAAUAUCAGGAAAAUUCUAGAAGUGUUAGAAAGUUCGAUUUUUGAACCGGUCAGUGAUAACGGAAUUAAAAUAUUGAAUGAUGCAAAGAAGUUUAAUAUUGUUUAUUGGAAGAUUGUCGCAGUUGUAUCUUUUACAUCUAACCUUUCGCAUAUUAUAUCUUUUUUUAUUACCCACGUGGUUUUGGAAAAAUCAGCAGAAUUUCCCAUAUGCAGUUAUAAUUUCCUACCAAUGGAAAUUAAAGAAAGAUUUAUUUACCCACUAUAUUUAUAUCAAAGUAUCGGAAUUCAUUUUCAUAUGCUUGCCAAUCUUAAUAUUGAUACGUUUUUCUUGGGAUUAAUGAUAUUGGUGAUUGCUCAGUUGGAUAUUUUAAAAGAUAAACUUUCUUGUCUAACUGAUACAUCCAAAAAUAUAAGUGGCGAAAGAAAUUUUGAUAGAGAACAAUAUGAAAAGAAUGUUAUUAUAAAUUUUAAUCAAGCUAUCGUACAUCACGAUGAACUAUGCAAAUUUUGUAGUCUCAUCCAAGAUACCUUCAACAUCACGCUACUAUUACAAUUCGGUAUGGCUUCGUCUAUUAUAUGCGUGUGUUUGUUUAGAUUUACUUUGCCCGCUGCAAAGGAAUAUUAUAUUUUUCUUGCAACUUACAUGUUUAUUAUGGUAAUACAAAUAAUGGUGCCAUGUUGGUUUGGAACCAGAAUAAUGGAAAAAAGCUGUCUACUAAGUCGAGCUGUUUACAGUUGUAACUGGACAUCUAGAUCGCGCAGAUUCAAAAGCAGUCUCCGGUUAUUCGUAGAAAGGACAAACAGACCAAUAUCAAUCACGGGUGGAAAGAUGUUUACACUGUCUUUAGUUACUUUUUCAUCGAUAAUGAAUUCUGCAUAUUCAUUUUUCACAUUAUUAAGAAAUGUGCAAGCGAGAGAAAAUCAAUAA